UUCCUGGUGUGUGGCUAAAGCAGCUGGAGUUUUGGAUGCGUAUCCAUCAUCCGAUGAUCAAGAAACACACACACUGGACCCAGGACACCUGAACUCACACCGAACCAAAACCAACAUACAUAAUGGCUCAAUGUACAGCAGCAUCGGCCUGUAGUAAAGUAAAAGAAGAUGGACAGACAAAGAGGAAAGUGGCGAUCAUUACAGGCAUAACCGGUCAGGAUGGUUCCUACCUGGCUGAAUUUCUGCUGGCUAAAGGUUAUGAGGUUCAUGGUAUCCUGCGCAGGUCCAGUUCUUUUAACACAGGCCGUAUUGAGCACCUCUAUCAUAACCCUCAAACCCACACAGAAGGAAGAAUUGGAUCCUCUAAGAGUUACAUGAAGUUGCACUAUGGUGAUUUGACCGACAGCACAUGCUUGGUGAAGAUUAUAAAUGAAGUCAAACCCACUGAAAUAUAUAACCUGGGAGCCCAGAGUCAUGUUAAGAUUUCCUUUGACCUGGCCGAGUACACUGCAAAUGUUGACGGCGUGGGAACCCUUCGGCUGCUGGACGCACUGAAGACCUGUGGUUUAACCGACAGCGUCCGCUUCUACCAGGCCUCCACUAGCGAACUUUACGGGAAAGUACAAGAGAUUCCUCAGAAAGAGACCACCCCGUUCUACCCACGAUCCCCUUACGGUGCUGCUAAGCUUUAUGCAUACUGGAUAGUGGUAAACUUUAGGGAAGCCUAUAAUCUUUUCGCUGUGAAUGGGAUCUUGUUUAACCAUGAAAGUCCUAGAAGAGGUUCAAAUUUUGUAACAAGGAAGAUCAGUCGCUCCGUGGCAAAGAUUCACCUCGGCCAAUUGCAGUGCUUCAGCCUGGGCAAUCUGGACUCCAAAAGAGACUGGGGCCAUGCCAAAGAUUAUGUUGAGGCUAUGUGGCUGAUGUUGCAACAGGACAAACCUGAAGAUUUCGUCAUAGCGACAGGGGAGGUGCACAGCGUGCGGGAGUUCGUGGAGAAAUCCUUCAAACACGUGGGCAAAACCAUUGUGUGGGAGGGGAAGGAUGAGGAAGAAGUGGGCCGCUGUCAGGAGACAGGAACCAUCCACGUAAAGGUUGAUGCAAAGUACUACCGGCCAACUGAAGUGGACUAUCUGCAGGGAGACAGUUCCAAAGCCUUUAAGGAGCUAGGCUGGAAAACACGCGUGACGUUCGAGGAGCUUGUUAAGGAAAUGGUGGACGCAGAUAUUGAGCUCAUGCGGAACAACCCGAAUGCCUGAGCUCACACGCCUUUGUCUCCACCCUUGCCAAAGGAGCGGUUUUCAUGUGCUGGUGUGUCUGCGAUUCGGCCACAUGAAGAAGCAUUCUUUUCCUUUAUCAUUUUCCUCCAACUUAUAGCCUUUUGACCCCCAUUCCACACUUUUUUGAGGGACCCUGGUGCAGUUUUUUGCAAUCCUUAAUCAUGUCACAUUGUGUGUAUGAAGUUUUAUUUUGUUCGGUCUAAAUCUGUUUUUAUGAAGGUUUUUUUCAUGCUUAUGGUGAUAAAUUAUAUAAAUAAGUGAUUAAAGAAUUUUGUUAAGGUU